CGGGGCUGGGUUUGAAUGUCGCGGCGGGAAGAUGGCGGCGGGACCGCCCCGGGCUCGGCCUCCGCCGCAGCCGCGGCCGCGGGGCUUCGCGGCGGCCGCUCCCGCAGGCGGGGGGAGGCCGAGCCGCCCUGCUCCGCCGCUCCCCGGCCGGCCGUGCUGAGCCCCCCGCCUGGCCUCGACCUCUCCCUGCGCAGCAGCGGCUCGGCAGGUCAAUAUCAGCAGGUAAAUGUUCCUGAAGACCAAGCAGACAAGUUGCUCCUUGCAAGCUGGGGUCUUCCCAAAGCAGUUCUGGAAAAAUACCACAGUCUGGGAGUAGUACAGAUGUUUGAAUGGCAAGCAGAAUGCCUAAUGCUUGGAAAAGUUCUGGAAGGGAGGAACCUGGUUUACUCAGCUCCUACCAGUGCUGGAAAGACUCUUGUUGCAGAAUUGCUUAUUUUGAAGCGAGUCCUGGAGACUCGUAAGAAAGCUCUUCUCAUCCUUCCCUUUGUUUCUGUGGCCAAGGAGAAGAAAUGUUAUCUACAGUCCCUGUUUCAGGAGGUGGAUGUGACAGUUGGAGGCUACAUGGGAAGCAUGUCUCCGGCUGGACGUUUCUCUGCUCUGGAUGUUGCUGUCUGCACCAUCGAGAAAGCCAACGGACUAAUCAAUAGGCUAAUAGAAGAAAACAGAAUGGACUCACUGGGAGUGGUGGUUGUGGACGAGUUGCACAUGCUGGGAGACUCUCAUCGAGGAUAUCUGCUGGAACUUCUCCUGACCAAAGUUAGAUAUGUUACAGAGAAGAUAGCAAAACGAGAGGUGAAGAUGACCAGUCCUGGUUUUGGUGGGAUACAGAUAGUAGGCAUGAGUGCUACUCUCCCUAAUUUGGGACUCCUAGCCUCGUGGUUAGAUGCAGAGCUAUACUGUACAGAUUUUCGCCCUGUGCCCCUCAAGGAGUGGGUGAAAAUUGGCAGCAACAUAUAUGACUCCUCCAUGAAUUUAGUGCGAGAAUUCCAGCCCAAGCUUCAACUGAAGGGAGAUGAAGACCAUGUUGUGAGCCUGUGUUAUGAGACUGUUUGUGGUGGCCAUUCAGUCCUGCUUUUCUGUCCAUCCAAGAACUGGUGUGAGAAGCUGGCAGACAUCAUUGCCAGGGAGUUCUACAGUUUGCAACAAGCUGAGAGUACUGUGAAAAACUCCACCCUGGUCCCAGUUGUUGUGGACAGAGAAGGGAUCAAUGAGGUUCUGGAUCAGCUAAAGCGUUCUGUCUCAGGUCUGGAUUCUGUGCUCCAGCGUACUUUGCCAUGGGGAGUGGCAUUUCAUCAUGCAGGUCUUACUUUUGAUGAACGGGACAUUAUUGAAGGAGCCUUUCGCCAAGGCUUGAUUAGAGUCCUGGCAGCAACCUCCACGCUCUCAUCUGGAGUGAAUUUACCCGCGCGCCGAGUAAUUAUACGAACACCCGUGUUCGGUGGCAAACUGCUGGACAUUCUCACUUACAAGCAGAUGGCUGGAAGGGCUGGCAGGAAAGGAGUAGACACAGAGGGUGAGAGCAUUUUGGUUUGCAAGCCCUCAGAAAGAUCGAAAGGAACUGCUCUGCUUCAGGGAUCUCUCAAGCCUGUUUGCAGCUGUUUGCUUAGAAGAGAAGGGGAAGGUGUUGCUUCUAGCAUGAAAAGAGCAAUACUUGAGAUCAUAGUGGGGGGAGUGGCCAACACUCCAGAUGAUGUGCAGACCUAUGCUUCUUGCACUCUGCUUGCAUCCAGCUUGAAAGAAAGCAAGUGGGAAAAUGAGAAAGAACAAGACAAAGCACAGCCUGGACCUAUCGAGGCUUGUGUGGCAUGGUUGCUGGAAAAUGAAUUCAUUCAGGUUCUGGACUCUGGCAAUGAUGUGAAAGCAAAGGUUUAUCACCCAACACAUCUUGGCUCAGCUACUCUUUCCUCUUCUCUUUCACCAACUGAAGCCAUGGAAAUCUUUGCUGACCUGCAGCGAGCUAUGAAAAGCUUUGUUCUGGAGAAUGAUCUGCAUAUUGUCUAUUUGGUCACCCCAGUGUAUGAGGAGUGGACCACAAUUGAUUGGUACCAGUUUUUCUGCUUAUGGGAGAAGCUUCCUGCCUCAAUGAAACGUGUGGCUGAGCUGGUGGGGAUUGAAGAAGGCUUUCUAGCUCGUUCUGUAAGAGGCAAAAUCAUAGCUAAAACAGAGAAACAGCACAGACAAAUGGCCAUCCACAAAAGGUUUUUCACCAGUCUUGCCCUUCUGGAUUUAAUCAGCGAGGUUCCCUUAAAUGAUAUGACCAAGAAAUAUGGCUGUAGUCGUGGCCAGCUUCAAUCCUUGCAGCAAUCUGCUGCCACUUAUGCAGGAAUGAUAACAGUUUUCUGUAAUCGACUGGGCUGGCACAACAUGGAGCUGUUGCUCUCUCAGUUCCAGAGUCGCCUCACUUUUGGGGUUCAUAGGGAGCUUUGUGACCUGGUACGAGUAUCUCUGCUGAAUGCACAGCGUGCCAGGACACUUUACAAUGCUGGCUUUGUCACCGUGGCUGAUCUUGCUAAAGCCAGUCCUGAUGAUGUGGCAGCUGCUCUGAAGAAUUCAGUACCAUUCAAAAGUGUUCGUAGGGCUGUGGAUGAAGAUGAAGAAUCGGCAGAGGAGCGUCGGACUGUGCGCAGCAUCUGGAUGGCUGGAAUGAAAGGCUUAACUGAAAGAGAAGCAGCUUCUGUCAUUGUGGAGGAAGCCAGGAGACUGCUGCAGCAGGAUUUGGCACUGAUGGGAGUGCAGUGGAACCCAGAGUCUUUUCUUGAGACUGAUACAUCCUCUAUGAUCAGCAGUGAGUCAGAACUGGAAGACAGACUGCAUAGGUCAGAUGGAGAGGAAUCUGCUGAGUCUUCAAGGGUGUUAAACAAAAAAGAGUUUAGAGUUCAGCAUUGUAAUGGCCUCGGUUUGCAGACUGGAAACUUAUCAAAUAUUAAAAAGGGAUAUAAAAGACGGCUAAGCAGUAGCACAGAAAAUUCCAGGUGUGAGAAUGAAGUCCCAGGCAAGAAACAGGCUCGAGCAGAGGAAGGCAAGGGUGAUAUUGUGUACAGUGCUAAAAAACUGCCAAAUACAUGCACGGGUAAUGAAAACAGGGAAGGAAUUUCUCUAAUCAAAACCAAGAUAGAUUCCAGGACAGCCAUCCCAGAGCAUCUUACUGAACAAGGAAAGACACCAACAUCGAGAACAAAGUCUUCAGCCUCUAGAUUGAUUAAAAGCACAGAUGUGCAUUUAAACUGCACUAGGAACAAAAAUACCUCUUCAAAACUGCGGAGGUCAGUUCUUGAAGGUUCAAAUAUACUUAGCAUAGACAUACAAAAUCCACCUGAUUUCCACCCCACCAUCUCUACAGAUAAUUUUUUUUCAAACCGAAAUAAUAAGGAAUUUAUGGAAACAGAUUCUUUAACUCAUGAAGUCUCAAAUUCUGUGCAGAUGGACAAAAUAAAGACUGGGAGAAAAGAUAAAAUGGAAGUAUUAUUUACAGAGCCUACCACCAGUAAUGAAGGCAUACCUAAGGGGAGAGCACGUUUGCAGGCAUCUGUUAUGUUGCAGGGUACUCCACACACCAGUGUGGAGACACAUAAUAUUAUAGGAAGUAGAGUCAUAUCCGGUAGUGCUAGGACACAGAGAAAUGAAAAUAAUGAUUAUAAGCAGAAUAAAAUUAAUAGAACUCAAACAGAUGUGAGCUCUACUGAGGCUAGGAUUGAUAGGCAGGAGAUGGCUUUAGACACAGAUCAUGGUAAUGUAACUGCGAGCUGCUCUGGAAGUGGACAUGUCCAUUGUGACAGCAGGAUACAGAAACCUAUUCAUUUUUGUCCUGGUGAGGAUAAAAUCUGCAAUAUUCAGAUUCAGAAUGGUGGCAAACAUGGGAGUGAAAAACCCAAUGGAACAUUGGAACAAGCUGGAACAUUGCAGAAAGGCAAUAGUCAUCCCAAGGUUUUUCUGAAAGAGUUUCUAGGAAAAUACAGAGGUGUUUGCAAUGCAGAUGAUGUUCAGAAUGGUCAAGCCUCUGAUAUGUUUUCUGACUCUAGAGACUUUGAAGACAGUUUCCAGUUGGAUACUCAAACUGAGAUGAUAAUAAAACAGGAGAUAGCAGCUGGAAUCACAGGACAGCAGGGAAUAGAAGGUUCAGAGCUGGCAGCAAUACCACGGCAGGAAAUCUCCAAAAACCUAAGCAGUUUAUGGACUGAGAAUGCUACUGAUGAAAGGGUGGCUGCAACAGCUAGGAAACUGAGCUUAUCAAGUCUUAUCACAAAAAAUAACAUUACCAAAAACAUAACUCAGCACUGCAGUAAUCAAGUUUUGGAGUCUGGAGCCCUUAAUUUACAGCCCAUAGUGAAGGAAAUAGAAUCUGCACCUUGCCUUAAAGAAAGUGAUUUCUCAGUGACUGACUCACAGCUACACAGUUUUCUACAAGAUUACCAGACCCAAAAUUCUGUGAAAGGGGAGAAUGUGUCUAAAGACCUUAAUAAAGCAACCUCCCAUUUUGGAAGGGAACACAUUGUACAAAUAGAAUGCCACCCUGUCCCUGAAGCAAGCCUAAAUAUGAGUGAUAGCUUGCUAUUUGAUGAUAGCUUCAGUAAUGUCACUGACCUUUCAGCUGUUUGCAUCAUGGAAGCUGACAGAAAGGGCCCUGUGGAGAAGCCAGAAGCUUUACUUCCUCCAGAUGGUCUUUUGCAGAAUCUAAGACCUGUUCAGAAUAAAUUUGAUGUCAGCGGCAAACAAGAACACAAGAAUCCUGCACAGUGUAACAAUGUGUCUCUAGCACCCUCUGAUACAAUAGCUGAAGGUUUAGGUCAUGGAAACUCCCCAUCUUUUCUGGAAGAUCUUCCUGCUACCUUUCAGGGUCAGUCAGGAUUAAUAAACCCAGUGAUUUGUAAUGACCCCAGACUGAAGGAUUUAGUAGGAGAUCAAGGUGAAAAGCUCCAGAGAAGCCAGCAAACUUUAGAUAAGAAACCCCAUCCAGUGGUAUGGACUAACUGCUCGUUUGAACUAAGCCCAGGAUUGCAGGAUGUGUUAGACAAAUGGCCUAGUCCCUCAAGCAUUGAACCAGUUUCAGUAAGUUCCUGUUUGAAAGGAAAGUUAGUUUCUCCUAUUGUUAAUCAAGAACCAGAUCUAGUUUUUGAAUCUGACUGUUGUAAGCCAGAGCCUUUGCCCACUUGCCAGGAUUUAAAAAGCUCUUUCAAGGUUAAAGAAAACAAAACAGAAAACUUGCAUCUUCAGAAAACAGAUGUCAUAACACUUCAGCUCAAGGGAAGCAGCAGAACGUCCUGUCCUCCAUCAGAUAAUAAUAAUGGAUUUAUUCCUCCAACACCUCCCAAAGAGCUUUUCCCAAAAAGUUCUUUUUCUCUUUCUGUGAAAUCUGCAAGGAAGAGGCAAGUCAUUUGCAAGAAUGAAGGACAAAUGAUUCAGCCACAGCAGAAUAGUGAGGGCAAUGCAGGGCAGCAGGUAAAAACACUCCAGGUCAGUACCGGGAGUCUAGACCCAACUGAGACUGAUGAGAUAAAAGAUGAUUCUGCUAUAGACCAAGGCUUUUCACUGCAGCUAUCUCAGGAUCCUCUUGUUCCCUUGAGUGCUGAAAGUUUCACUAUUAUUGAUGUAGCAAGCAACAAAGCACUUUUCCAGACUUUCGUUGCAGAAUGGAAGGAAAAAAGCAGAUUCUCCAUCUCAGUGGCAUGCGAAAGAACAAAAUGUCUUUUGUCUCCCAAAUCAACGAUUGGCGGCAAAUUCAAAAAAGUGAGUUCUCCUCAGCAGAUGCAAGUUAAAGAUGAUGGGUUUCCUGUCCAAGGCUAUGAAGACAUCUUGGUAGUUGGACUGGCAGUGUGCUGGGGUGGAAAAGAUGCCUACUAUAUCUCUUUGCAGCAGAUACAGGACCAGACUGAAAUCAGUAUGAGUUUGGCACCACCACCUUUGGACAAAAACCUGUCUGUAACAGAGAGACUAUACCAUCUGCAGCUGUAUCUGCAGAAGAAGCCCAAGCAGGAGCGGUCACUUAUCAUGUAUGACUUCAUUCAGCACUACAAAACUCUGCUGAUGGCUUGUGGCAUCUCCUUGGAAGGAAGUUUUGAGGACCCAAAGGUUGCAUGUUGGUUGCUCGAUUCUGACUCUAAGGAACGUACGCUUCACAACAUGGUGACUAACUUUCUCCCCAACGAGCUGCCUCUACUGGAAGCAGUAGGCACUGGCCAAGGAGUGCAGAGCCUGGGGCUCAGUGCCAGCAGAGAUCAUUCUGGGAGGUACAGAGCAGCAAUAGAGUCUGUGCUUGUCUUCAGUGUCAUGGACCAACUCCGUAGUGAAUUACAGAAGGAAAAUCUGACAGAUGUAUUUUCUAAAGUGGAGAUGCCCAUCCACUAUUGCUUAGCUCUGCUGGAGCUGAAUGGCAUUGGUUUUAGCACAACAGCGUAUGAAACUCAGAAACAGGUCAUGCAAGCUAAACUGAGCGAGAUUGAGACCAAGGCGUAUCAGCUGGCAGGCCACAGCUUCUCCUUGACCAGCCCUGAUGACAUCGCAGAGGUGUUGUUCCUGGAACUGAAGUUGCCACAAAAUGGAGAUGUGAAGGUUCAAGGGAACAAGAAAACUCUGGGUUACACCAGAAGAGCAACUGCUAAAGGAAACAGGAUUAGAUUAAGCAAGCAGUUGAGUACAACCAAGGAUGUUUUGGAGAAAUUAAAGACACUUCAUCCAUUGCCAGGCCUGAUAUUGGAAUGGAGGAGGAUCAACAAUGCCAUUACUAAAGUGGUGUUUCCACUACAGAGGGAAAAGCGAUUGAAUUCUGCAUUGGGAAUGGAAAGGAUAUAUCCAGUUUCACAGACUCAUACAGCUACAGGUCGAAUAACCUUCACAGAACCAAAUAUUCAGAAUGUGCCAAGAGAUUUUGAGAUUGAAAUGCCAACUGUGGUUGAAGAAAGCCCACCCUCCCAAGCCCGUGGAAAUGUUAAUUGUCGUGGUGUUUUAGGGGGCAGAUGUAGAAAACGUUCCAGUAUUUUGCCUAAUGGGCUAAAGUUCCAGACUGCAGACAGAUUUGAAGAAAGAGGAAUACCAUUUUCUGUUAGCAUGAGACAUGCUUUUGUUCCUUUCCCAGGUGGCUUAAUCUUGGCUGCCGAUUACUCUCAGCUUGAACUGAGGAUCCUUGCUCAUUUGUCUUGUGACUGUCGACUCAUUCAAGCCUUGAACAGUGGUACUGAUGUCUUUAAGAGCAUUGCAGCGGAAUGGAAAAUGAUUGAUCCUGAAGCUGUUGGAGAUAGGACCAGGCAACAAGCUAAACAGAUCUGCUAUGGAAUCAUCUAUGGCAUAGGAGCAAAAUCCUUAGGCGAGCAGAUGGGGAUUGAUGAAAAUGAAGCUGCCAAUUACAUUGAAUCCUUCAAAGCAAGAUACACAGGGGUUCAGAAGUUCUUAAGGGAGACCGUGCGGAGCUGCCGAAGAGAUGGGUUUGUGCAGACCAUCCUGGGAAGACGGCGAUACCUGCCAGCUAUCAAAGAUCCAAAUCCCUACAGUAAAGCUCAUGCAGAGCGACAGGCUGUGAAUACAACUGUUCAGGGAUCUGCUGCAGAUAUUGUCAAAACAGCCACUGUGAACAUUCAGAGACGCCUGGAAGCUUACUCCUCUGUGAUCAAGUCCCAUGGACAUCUGGAGAACUCCUUCCAGAGAGAUAAAACCGGAAGGCUGUCGAGAAAGAGAAAUGCGGGGAUGUUACGCCCUAUCAGCGGAGGUUUCUUUAUCCUCCAACUGCACGAUGAGCUCCUCUAUGAAGUUGCAGAGGAUGAUGUCAUCCAGGUUGCUCAGAUUGUGAAGCACGAGAUGGAAAAUGCCAUCAAACUCUCGGUAAAGCUGAAUGUUAAAGUGAGAAUUGGACCUAGCUGGGGAGACCUGCAGGACCUGGAGCUCUGAUAUGCAAUGCAGCUUUCUCACGUGUGGUGAGGCAGAAGGUGCCGAGGACUGGGCAGGGCGAGGGCCUGCGAUCACCUGCUGGCGGUGUGAUCCUCCUGUGUCAUGUUUCUACAGGCAUCGAAGCAAACUACCUUCUAAAAUGUGUGGUGGAAGCUAGUAUGAAUUCACCAAGCCAAACCCUUCAGAGCUCAGACAGAGCAGUGAAGCACAUUUACAGAACUGUAAAAUUACUAAUUGCAAAAAGAACAGUAUUAAAAUGAAUUCUGUUAUAUUAUACUUGAUAUUGUACAAAACCCCAAAGCCUAAUGAAUUUAUUACAUAUGAAAUGAGCUGGAUUACUUCAUUAAAACAAUGCACAAAGAUAA